GCGGUUUGCAGAUUCUCCCCAAGAACCCACGACGAACCCAAGAGACUAAGUUCGCGAUGAACCCAGCUUGUGGGUUCACGACAAACCCAGGCACCUGGGUUCAUCGUGAACCUAGGAACCCACGACGAACCCAGAAGCCUGGGUUCGCGAUGAACCCAACUGGUGGGUUCGCGAUGAACCCAACUGGUGGGUUCGCGACGAACCUAGGCGCCUGGGCAAAGAGGAGAAAGAGGCCUACUUUAAUCUUCAAAGCAGCUGUUGAGAAGGCAUAUGAUAGUGUUAAUUGUAAUUUUCUUGAUUGUAUGUUGGAGAAGUUGGGGUUGGGUGAAAAAUGGCGCUCAUGGAUCCAGGAAUGUUUAGCCUUUGCAACUAUCUCAGUGCUGGUGAACAAGAGUCCUACAGAUGAAUUUAAAAUGUUAAAAGGUUUGCGGCCAGGCAACCCACUUGCUCCUUUCUUAUUGUUGGUAGUGGUUCAAGCUCUUAAUGGACUAAUUACAAAAGCUAUAGAGGAAGGGUUGCUAACAGGAUUAUCAGUUGGUUCAGGGGACCUUGCUAUCACACACCUGCAAUUUGUAGAUGACGCAAUCAUUUUCAGUAAGGCAUCUCCACAGAAUGUUUGGGUAAUAAAAGGCAUUUUCAGAAGCUUUGAACUCAUCUUUAGCCUUAAGGUGAACUUUUUAAAAAGUUCUUUAUCUGGUAUUAAUGUGGAUGGUGAGAUGUUGUCUGAUAUGGUUGACUUGAUCAAUUAUGUGGUGGGUGAUAUCCCUUUCAAGUAUCUUGGGGUUCCUGUCGGUGCUAAGUCUAGCAAGUUAUCUACUUGGUCUCCUAUAAUUGAAUGCUUAAGGAGGAAAUAGUCUUCUUGGCAAUGUGAUUCUCUAUCCUUUGGUGGGUGUAUUAUUUUCGUAAAAGCUAUCCUUUUAAGCACCCCAAUUUAUUACUACUCAACACGAACACCCAAAAAGGUAAUUAAUCUUUUAUCUCUAAUUCCAAGAAGAUUUUUGUGGGGUGGUAAUGAGCAAUAUAAUAGGAUUUCUUGG